GUACAGUGGCUGCAUCUUCCUCCUCCUCCUCUUCCUCGUCCCCGUCCUCCAGCUCUCUAACAGCAGCGGUGAUGUUGACACUAGCCGACACUCCUGUGUCGUCCUCUUCCUCCUCUCAGAACUCUGUGGUGUCUUUAGAAUGUAGAACGGACAACCCACCCAGGCCCCUCCACACCAACACCCUUCCAACAGAACUGACAACCCACCCAGGCCCCUCCACACCAACACCCUCCAACAGAACGGACAACCCACCCAGGCCCCUCCACACCAACACCCUUCCAACAGAGCCGUACAUGCCCUUGACCCAUGCCCCAGACCCCUCCACAGCCUUCCAACAGGCCCGCACCAGCAUCCACCAGCAGACGACAGACCCAGCCGCCAGGCCCCUCCACCCAGCACCCCUCCAACAGAAAACUGACAACCCACCCAGGCCCCUCCACGCCAACACCCUUCCAACAGAAGUGACAACCCACCAGGCCCCUCCACACCAACACCCUUCCAACAGAAGUGACAACCCACCCAGGCCCCUCCACACCAACACCCUUCCAACAGAACUGACAACCCACCCAGGCCCCUCCACACCAACACCCUUCCAACAGAGCGGACAACCCACCCAGGCCCCUCCACACCAACACCCUUCCAACAGAACUGACAACCCACCCAGGCCCCUCCACCAACACCCCUCCAACAGAGCGGACCAACCCACCCAGGCCCCUCCACACCAACACCCUUCCAACAGAACUGACAACCUACAGGCCCCUCACGCCAACACCCUUCAGCAAGUGACAACCCACCCAGGCCCCUCCCACCAACACCCUCCAACAGAACUGACAACCCACCCAGGCCCCUCCACGCCAACACCCUCCAACAGAACUGACAACCCACCCAGGCCCCUCCACGCCAACCCCUUCGACAGAGUGACAGCCACCCAGGCCCCACCGCACCACCACCUCCAACAGAGCGACAGCCACCCAGGCCCAGACCUCCACGCAACACGCCUUCCAACAAACUGA